GGAGCGAGGACACUGACUGAUUAGCCUCUAUUUAUGCGCCUUAGCGUCUACAAAAUGAGAUAUAUAUCUUGGCUACGCAGAGCAUAAACCCUAGCCGCUUAUUUGAACUUCCCUUUUUCCGUAAAACCCUUCCUCCUCCCUCUUCAAAAACAGCUUGGGUAAAAAUGGCAUUUUACAACAAAUUUGGAACCCUGUUGAGGCAGAGUAUAUCUGCUAGCAGCACAAUGAAUGGACAACCCUCUAUGUUUAAUGCUAUUAGAUGCAUGUCAUCGAAGCUCUUUGUUGGAGGGCUUUCCUGGGGAACUGAUGACCAGAGCUUGAAAGAUGCAUUUUCAAGCUUUGGCGAUGUUACUGAGGCAAAAAUUGUUACUGAUAGAAACAGUGGGAAGUCCAGAGGAUUUGGCUUUGUGAGCUUCUCCAGUGAUGAAUCUGCCAGCUCAGCACUGUCAGCCAUGGAUGGGCAGGAAUUGAAUGGGAGGAACAUCCGUGUGAGUUAUGCCACGGAGAGACCACCUCGUAACUUCAACAGUGGUGGCGGUUUUGGUGGUGGUGGUUUCGGCGAAAACAGUGGCUAUUAAGCAACUUCUAUGCUUGUUAGAUUGUCUAUAUAGGCAUGACGAGUUUGAAUUUAGACCGUUGAGUAAGCUACUUUAUUGUGUUCCGUCAUGUUCUCUGCUUUUCAUUUUAAAACGGUAUGGCAAUGUCUUGGAUUUAUGAUGAGGUUAUUUUGCUUUGAUUGGUUUUGGCUUUUGUGAAAGCAUCGAUUGAUAUUAUUGGAACCAUAAGGUUAUCCUCGUCAACGCCAAAACUUUUGCAUUUCGAUUCAAUUAGGAGCAUCUUUAUUGUGGCUUGUUGAGCAUGCUACAAGCUUGUGUAUGGAAUUUUAUGUUUUUAGUGUUGAAAGCUACUGCGUAUAUGUAUGCACUCGUUUCGUGACAAUUCAGAUGAUGGAAGACGGCCUAAAUUGUGUUUGUUGCAUUAGGUUCAACUUGGUAGUUUUGUUUGUUGCACGGGUUCGUAUCCUUUGUUACAUUGUCACUACAUAAAAGGAAGUGUUAGGUCUUAUGUGAAUGUAUUAUUUGAGUUUUAUGUUGAAUGUUGGCGCAUUUAGGGGUGUGUUUGCAUACAAAAUAUUUCCGUUUUCUUAGUUGGAAAAAGUGAGUUAUUUUGGGACAGUUUGAGAUGAACAUAUUUCAAUUAGGUGUUUGGAUACAAAACAAGUUUUGUUAGGG